CCCAGCGAGUGGCAGUCUAUUUUAGGCACCAGAGCACUGACCAAGCACCUGGGAUCCAAUUCAGGCCUUCUUCGACAUUUAGCAAGCAUUCUACCCUUGAGCUACAUCCCUAUCUAUAUUUGAAUAUGGAAUCAGAAAAUACAGAAGCUGAGAACGGGAAAACGGGGCAUUUGGAAGCAAAAAGCAUGGAAGGUAAAAAUACUCAAUUUGAGACAUUGUAUUCUGCCUCAGCUCUUCAAGCACUAUCCAGUCUCCUGAAUCCUGAAGAAGAGGAUGGAUUUGAUUUUGAACAGGUACAAUGCUCAUCUACUAUUGGAGCCAUGGGCCCUGGGAAUAUUGGACCACCUAAAGCAAAAGAGUCCAAAGCCAUUCCUGAACCCAGGAGUGAUGAAAGUGAGAACAUCUGGAAUCCAGAAGAGGUUCCAGAAGGAGCAGAGCAUGAUGACAUAUGGGAUGUUCGUGAAAUCCCAGAUUAUGAGAUUGUAUUCCAACAAACUGUGGGAAUUGAGGACGUAUACCUAGGAUUAACAAGAAAGGAUUCUUCAACGGCAUGCUGCCAGGAGCUGGUGGUGAAAAUUAAAUUGCCCAAUACAAACCCUUCUGAAAUUAAAAUUGACAUCCAAGAAAUGCUCCUUGAUCUUCGCACUCCUAAAAAGAAGCUGCUAGUAAACUUUCCGCAGCCCGUGGAACCUAACAGUGCUAAGGCAUCCUAUAUCUGGGAAACUGAGACACUUAGAGUCAGGGUGGCCCUCCAAAGGGAUUUGGAUUUGUAAUAUUUCCUGAAACUGCAUGAAUAAGAAGAGAUAGAAAAUAAUUCAUGAUAACUUUUUUUUUUAUCUUUGAAUACUGGUUGUUUAUGUUCUCUUUUUUCCCCUGACAUAUUUUAGAAAGGUUCAGAUUUUUAGUGGCGUUUUGAUCAUAUACAGUCAAAUCUAUUACUGUUAUGCUAUAUAGUUGUUUCAUACAAUAAGGUGCUGUUCCAUUUUUAUAAUGAGAAGUGAAUAAAAUAUUUUCAGGUUAACCAUCUAGAUUACUACACGGUCAAUUGCACAGCAGAGCUAUGACCAUAAAGUAAGUGAUUCACUUAAAUAUGAAGAUCUUCAGCUAAUUAAUUACACUACCAUACAAUCUGUUACAUAGGGUUUUGUCAUUAUUAUCACCAGAGAAAUUCACUUGGUUGCUUUUUCAUUGACUUUAACAAAUGAUUUAGGAGGUUUUCAAUCUAAGCCCUCAAUAUUGUUCUGGAACAUAUAAGUAAGAAAGGACUAUAAAUAAUUUGCUGUGUCCUGUGAGGCAUGUUUACUUGCAAAAGUAUUUAUAGAUAUAUUUGUAGAUUCAUUUUUCUCUCAUUUUUAUCUUCCUAAUUGGACAUCCUUAUUUUUAUUAAUUAUCCUAGUGUUCCUUGUAUUUUCUGUACUAUUAAAUGAGUUUAUUUCAUUACUGUUUAUUAAAAAGUUUUGUUUUAAAAAUUGAUGCUUAAAAUCGGUUUAAAUAUCGAUUAGGAUAAACAGAAGAAGUUAAGGUACAUUUUUCUUCUGUAUUUCAGUUUCAUGUACUUAGAUAUUUUACUUAGGUGGAAUACAGGCCACUGAGCAUUCAAACCAGAGAUGGAAAUUACCUAGUUAACAGUCACCUGAUGACUCCUCUACAAUUGUCAUCCAGAGACAGAACAAGGGACAGAGAGGUGAACCAAAAGAUAAAAAUGAAACGGUCAGUUGGAUUGUUCCCAUCACUACGGCCGUGGUUCUCAACACCGGCUACAUGUGUGGUUACCCAGGGAGCUUUUAAAAGGUGCUGAGGCUCAGGUCCCACUCCAGACAUCCUGAAGUGAUUGAUCUGGGCCUGUGUCUGCGCAAGACCAGGGGUUUGAAAGUAUUGAAAUGUAAUCAGAGAGGCAUCUGAGUGGUGCUUGUCCUUGGCGAGUAAGGACUAUUGACCAUCAGUUCUGCUGUGAUUUACACAGUGGUUUCUAAAUUUGCUGUGAAGAAUGAUCUCACAGGCCAUCAACAGCAGCACCUUGGACCUCUGCUCAGUUUGACUAAACAGAAUGAUUCCUCCAAAGUUUGCAAUUAUAAAAACACCUCUGUUGGGACAUUUCCGCAGCCCCCCUCUGGAGGAAUGGAAUGACGUAUUAAUUAUCUGCUUUGACAACUGUUAACAUUCAUUUCUAUUGACUUGUGUUCAUAGACCUCCACAGGAGCUCCCAACUAACAAUAUUGCCCAUGGCUGAGGGGAGAAAGAGUGUGCCAGGAAGAGUAAUUGUGCUUAGAAAACUCCCUUCCAGAUAGGGAAAGAGGAGGAGAUGAGGAGGAGGAGGGAAUCAAGUGUGUGCAACAGUAAUAAACCUAUCUGCUGGUAUACAUAACAUCCCCUCAAGUAACCCCCUGCAUGUUUUGGUCUGUAUAGAAGCCAAGCAGAUACCACCACCUCAUGCUUUAGGAUGAGGAGACCUUGGUCCUGCACCCACCAUGUACAAUUGUGUAAGCUUGGGAGAGCCGUUUUCAGUCCUGAUGAUGUGAAUACCAGGCAAGAGCUUUUGCCAGGCUAUUGUGAAGGGACUAGUUAUAUGCCUUUGCGUGGUCCUCAAGUAGACAAUGAUAAGAAAUUGAUAUUGUUUUUAUAUUGUAAAAAUAUUUUUAUGAGUUGUAAUACUUGUAGAGAAUAUGACAAAGAAAGAGUGGCAAUCAGAAAAAUAUCAAGCCUGGAACAAUCGUAACGCUUAAUUGCCAUCUACUAAGAAAAACAAAGGAAUCGGGGUUGCUUCUUAUUUUAGUCUCAUUAUAUUACUUUUAAAAUGUA